CGCGAGUGUUGUUUCCUCAAAGACAAGCGGGUGGGGGGGGGCGUGAAGGAAAAGGGAGAGCGCGAGGCGAGUGCGGGGAAGCAGACGACGGGCUCGAGGCAGCAGCAGCAGCAGCAGGAGGCGGAGACUGCGGCGGUGGCGGCCGUCGUCGUCGUCCCUUCCCCGCCCCUCAAGCUGAAGAGAGGGGGAUGAGCUGAGGGAUGCGGCGGCCCCGCCCGACCCACAGUGCUGCUGCUGUGAUAACCUAUUCACCCGUUCUAAAAAUGGCUUGCCGUUACUAAUGGGAAGACGUCCAAUAUGAGUGGAAGUGAUGUUGGGGGAAGAAGACGCUUUGAGGACAACGAACACACACUACACAUCUAUCCUGGUAACAUUGCUGAAGGGACCAUCUACUGUCCUGUUAUUGCUCGAAAAACUUCCACUGCUGCUGAGGUGAUAGACUCUCUCAUCAACAAACUUCAGCUGGACAAAACAAAAUGCUACGUCUUGGCAGAGGUGAAGGAGUUUGGUGGGGAAGAAUGGAUCCUCAACCCCACAGAUUGCCCUGUCCAACGCAUGAUGUUGUGGCCCCGUAUGGCCCUGGAGAACCGCUUGAGUGGGGAGGACUAUCGUUUUCUUUUACGGGAAAAGAAUCUAGAUGGGUCCAUACAUUAUGCCAGCCUUCAGUCCUGGCUGAGGGUAACGGAAGAGCGACGCAGGAUGGUGGAGCGUGGCUUCCUUCCUCAACCACAAUACAAGGACUAUGACGACUUGUGUGCUUUACCAGACUUAAAUGAGCGAACACUCUUAGAAAAUCUUAGAAAUCGCUUUAAACAAGAAAAGAUUUACACAUAUGUUGGGAGCAUACUAAUAGUUAUUAACCCAUUCAAAUUUCUUCCCAUUUACAACCCAAAGUAUGUCAAAAUGUAUGAUAACCACCAACUUGGGAAGCUGGAGCCCCACAUUUAUGCAGUAGCUGAUGUAGCGUACCAUGCGAUGCUUCAGCGUCGGAAGAACCAGUGCAUUGUCAUUUCUGGAGAAAGUGGGUCUGGGAAAACACAGAGCACAAACUUCCUGAUUCAUCACCUUACUGCUCUUAGCCAGAAGGGAUUUGCUAGUGGAGUAGAACAAAUCAUUCUUGGAGCUGGACCAGUACUCGAGGCAUUUGGGAAUGCAAAGACAGCACACAAUAACAACUCAAGUCGGUUUGGCAAGUUUAUCCAAGUGAAUUAUCAGGAGACUGGCACUGUGCGUGGAGCGUACGUAGAAAAAUAUCUACUGGAAAAAUCCAGACUAGUCUAUCAGGAACAUAAUGAGAGGAACUACCAUGUCUUUUAUUACCUUCUGGCGGGAGCAAGUGAAGAAGAAAGAUCAUCUUUUCACCUUAAACAACCUGAUGAAUAUCAUUAUCUUAAUCAGAUGACAAAGAAACCUCCCAAACAGAGCUGGGAUGACAGUUACUAUGACUCUGAGCCGCAGGACUGCUUCUCCGUUGAAGGGGAAGAUCUGAAGCAUGACUUCGAACGUUUGCAGCUUGCUAUGGAGAUGGUAGGCUUCCUUCCCAAGACUCGCAAACAGAUUUUUUCCCUGUUGUCAGCAAUACUCCACUUGGGUAAUAUCUGUUACAAAAAGAAAACAUACCGAGAUGAUUCCAUAGACAUCUGUAACCCAGAAGUAUUGCCUACUGUCUCAGAGCUACUGGAGGUGAAAGAAGAAAUGUUGUUUGAAGCACUAGUUACAAGAAAGACAGUGACUGUGGGAGAGAAGCUUGUAUUGCCAUAUAAACUGGCAGAGGCUGUUACAGUGAGGAAUUCCAUGGCUAAAUCAUUGUACAGUGCCCUGUUUGAUUGGAUAGUUUUUAGAAUUAAUCAUGCACUUUUGAAUACCAAGGACUUGGAGGAGAGCACCAAGACUUUGUCCAUUGGAGUACUUGAUAUUUUUGGGUUUGAAGAUUAUGAAAGUAAUAGCUUUGAACAAUUCUGCAUUAAUUUUGCAAAUGAACGUUUACAGCACUACUUUAAUCAGCACAUCUUUAAACUGGAGCAAGAGGAAUACAGACUUGAAGGCAUCAGCUGGCAUAACAUAGAUUACAUAGACAACACUGGUUGCAUAAACCUCAUCAGCAAAAAGCCAACAGGAUUGCUCCAUCUGCUGGAUGAGGAAAGCAACUUCCCACAAGCCACAAAUCAAACGCUGCUAGACAAGUUUAAGCGUCAGCACGAAGGGAACCCCUACAUUGAAUUUCCAACAGUAAUGGAGCCUGCCUUUAUCAUAAAACACUACGCUGGAAAAGUUAAAUAUGGUGUGAAGGAUUUUCGGGAGAAAAAUACAGAUCAUAUGAGACCAGACAUAGUUGCUCUCCUAAGAAGCAGCAAGAGUGCCUUUAUCUGUGGAAUGAUAGGGAUUGAUCCUGUGGCUGUGUUCCGCUGGGCAGUCCUCAGAGCUUUCUUCAGAGCUGUGGUUACAUUUAGGGAAGCAGGAAGGAGGUACAUUGAGAAGAAAACCGGGCAUGAUGAUGCGGUUUUGAAAAGUGUGGAUAGUUUUAGCUUUCUCCAUCACCCAGUUCAUCAGAGGAGCUUAGAGAUCCUGCAAAGAUGCAAGGAGGAGAAGUACAGUAUUGCCCGGAAACGUCCAAGAACACCCCUUUCAGAUCUGCAGGGAGUGAACACUAUCAAUGAGAAAAGCCAACGGGAUACAUAUGGAGUUGGCUGGAAUAGCAGGAUGGGUAUCCGGCCAAACAGACUCUCCAGCCAUGGCAGUUUCCUUGACAAAGAUGGGAUAUUUGUGAAUUCGACUAACAGCAAGCUCCUAGAGAGAGCCCAUGGCAUUCUCAUGCGAAACAAAAACUUCAAAGCCAAGCCUAAUCUUCCAAAGCACUUGCUGGAGGUGAAAUCAUUGAAGCACCUGACAAACCUGACGCUGCAUGAUCGUAUCACAAAGUCUCUUCUCCAUCUUCACAAGAAGAAGAAGCCCCCAAGCAUCAGUGCACAGUUCCAGGCUUCACUUACCAAAUUGAUGGAGACGCUUGGCCAAGCGGAGCCCUAUUUUGUCAAGUGCAUUCGCUCUAAUGCUGAUAAGCUUCCCCUGAGAUUUAGUGAUAACCUGGUGCUUCGGCAGUUACGGUACACAGGAAUGCUGGAGACGGUGCACAUUCGGCAGUCAGGAUACAGCUGCAAAUAUUCCUUCCAGGACUUUGUAGACCAUUUCCAUGUUCUUCUCCCACGAGGCACAAUUCCAUCUAAGCAAAAUAUCCAAGAUUUCUUCAGGAAAACAAAGACAAGUCCUGAGAAUUAUCAAGUUGGGAGGACAAUGGUUUUCAUGAAGGAGCAGGAACGGCAGCUUUUACAGGAUCUACUGCACCAGGAGGUAUUGCAAAGGAUCACUCUGUUGCAGAGUUGGUUCCGCACUAUGCUCUAUAGAAGGCAAUAUCUGAACAUGAGACAGGCAGCUGUGAUCAUACAGAGUUACUGGCGUUGUUAUCAAAGAAGGAAACAAGUGGAGGCAGAAGAAUCCCUGAAUGAUUCCAUCUUUUUAGGCAAGGCAGCAGUUGUUCUUCAGUCCUGCUGGCGUGGCUAUGUAGCAAGGCGAAGGUUCCAGCAAGUGAAGGUGGCAAGCUUUGUUAUCCAGAGCUGCUGGCGCGAGUGCUUGAGGCGCAGGCAUGCCGCAGCAACUUCCAUUCAGGCAAAGUGGCGAAGCUACCACACCAGGAAUCUCUACAAGGCCAAGAGGAACAAAGUCAUUUUGUUGCAAGCUGCAUACAGAGGACACAGAACACGCCUCAGGUAUAGGACUUUGAAAGAGCAAAGAUCAAGAGAAACACCCUUGCGAAAUGGACUAACAGUGAAAGAAGCGGAUGGACUGGAGUCAGAGGACAGUUUGGAUAUUAAGGGUUCAGAUCCUUCUGAAUGGGAAGAUUGUUCAUUUGAAGAGAGGGUGAGAGCUGUAGAAGAGCAUAAAUCGGUGAUAGAAAAUAGAGUAGGUCAGACUGAUCUCUCAGAUAAUUCUGGGACUUUUAACAAUAAACACCACGAGAGAGCAAACAGCCAGAGUGGUGUGAGCAUGGAAGAGCAAGUUGUUGUGCGAGAGAGACCCAAGUCACUGGAAGAUCUCAACCAAAAAAAAGGUGUGCGGGCAAAACGUGAGAGCCGUCGAAUGCGUGAAUUAGAACAGGCAAUUUUCAGUUUGGAGCUGCUUAAAGUCCGGUCCACUGGUGGAGCAUCUCCCUCAGAGGAGCACCAGUGGUCCUCAGAGUUAUUGUCUGAAAGCAUGCAGUCUCCCCAGGACACUCCAGAGAGUGAAAGCUCUCAGGGAAGCCUUGAGAUGCUAAGCCAUGAGGAUACUCAUAAGAGCAAACGGGACCCUAUGUUGCCACCGGAGCACAAUAUCCAGUCUGUUCCCAGAGACCCGUUGCCAGAUAGCCCUCAGUCUGAUGCUUAUCAAGGCAUUCCCAUCCACGGUGCUGAUAUAAAUAGAAACGUGUCCGAGAGAAAAAGAUCUAUCUCAGGUUCUGAGUUGCCAGAGUGUCUUUCUACUAAAGAGCGAUUGGCCUGCGAUUCCCAUAUUCUCUAUAACUUGCACACAAGAGAGCCUCUGAUUUCAAGCAGUCUGCCUACUUUUUACUUACCACCACAGGACAGUCUGAAAUCAGGACAUUCAGUGAUGGAGAAUAACCUGAGGAACAAAUGCAUGGAUGUAGGGGGCAAAUCAUCGCUCCUGGAUGCCAAGCAGGGUCCUGAAUUGGCAAGCUCAGGCCAGGGUAGAGUCUUUCAUGAGGAAUAUCGGCCUUCCUUCAGUGGAGAAGAGGGUCCAGUUUUUCCUCCUCCAGAAGUGCUGCCCUCCGACUCAGUUAUCAAGAAGCUAGAGAAACUGAAUGUGGAGAAGGAAGAACGCCGGAAACAAAAGCAGCUACAAAAUGAGAGAGAGAUGAUGGAGCAGAUUCGGCUGCAAAAGGACAUUUUGGGAAAACAACGUAAAGUUUUUGAAGAGCGUGAGAAGCAGGAAAAUGAGCAGAAUAGGAUCAGGGAGUCCUCCCAAGGAGCCUGUCUUAGGUCACCAAAGAGAUCAGAGAGGCCUCAGUCUCUCAACACUGUGAAUCCACAGGACCAAGAGAGUCUUACAAGUAAUACAGAACCCACCUCAUCAGUGGAUAUUAAAGGUCUUACUGUCUUAAAUAAAAGAAGCCCACCUGCUCACCGGACAACCCAGAAGGAGAGAACUAUCAUUAUGAUCCUGGAGGGAAAGGAAGGUCCGACUCCAAUUGUCCAGGAAUCUCCUGGAAUAGAAAAGCUGAAUUCACAAACAGCGGCUGAAUCUAAGCAACCGACAAGAAAAGAGCGGUUCAGAUUGCCUCGAAUUCCGAGCCAAGGCACUGAAAGCACUUCCAGUGAAAUCAGAACUGGUUCCAUUUUCUUUACUCCAAAGGACAGUCAUAUGGGCAUUAACAAAGAAUCUUCAGCACAUCAGAUUCUUUCAAAAGAAGAGCAUAAAAAGCCAGUAAAGGUUCCUGGGCCAAGCAGUGGGGAGCAGGUUGCCAGACCGGCCCAUAAAAAGAAGGCCCGCAUGGCACGAACACGCUCCGAUUUCUUGACUAGAGGUGCUUUUGCGGAUUGGGAGGGGGAUACGGAGGAAGAGGAUUGCGAUGACAGUUUUGAAUUCCUUCUCUCCCUUGACCAACCUCCUCACCCUGAGUCCGGGUGUGCAGACAGGCUUGGGCACCCCUGUCACAGUGACUCUGAAAUGAUGCUGCAGCGUUUUACAUCGAGUGAAGGCCAAGCAAAGCUUCACAAAACCAUGUCUCAAGGAGAGAUCGGAAAACUGGCAGCUGCACAGAAGAAUGUAGCUACAGAUGGAAGACCUCAAAGAGCCAAGAUGAGAUUUUGGGGCAAAGGGAGACAGGGGGAGAAGAAAACAAGUCGAGAGAAGCUUGCUACCCAGUCAGAGCUGCUGGAGCUGUGUCCAGAUCAAGAUUCAUCAGGCACAGAGAUGAUUUCAGGCCUACAGCUGGAAGAAGAACUGGGUCAACAUCACCUGACUCCCCCAAGGAGUCCCGAAUUUUCUGGCAUCUAUCGAAGGGAAUGUAAGGAAAACAAAGAACCAUCUCCCAAGGUGAAGCGCAAGCGUAGCCUGAAAAUCAGCAAUGUGGUGAUGGAGCCUGCACAGUGGCAGAAUGAUGCUCUUCAGAUCAUAACCACUGCCAGUGACUUGAAAAGCAUGGAUGAAUUCCUCUUGAAAAAGAUGAAUGAUCUGGAUAGUGAAGACUGUAAGAAGGAUACACUGGUGGAUGUUGUGUUUAAAAAAGCUUUGAAGGAAUUCCGGCAAAAUAUCUUCAGUUGCUACUCUUCAGCUUUAGCAAUGGGUGAUGGAAAAAGCAUCCGGUACAAAGACUUGCAUGCCCUCUUUGAACAAAUUCUGGAGAAAACUAUGAGGCUUGAACAGAGAGACUGGAGUGAAUCACCUGUCCGUGUCUGGGUCAAUACUUUCAAAGUGUUUUUGGAUGAAUAUAUGACAGAAUACAUGCCUCUGGAUUACACUGCCUCAAAGGUGACCAAAACUGAAAGAAAGAAGAGAAGGAAGAAGGAAGCAGAUGUUGUAGAAGAACACAAUGGUCAUAUUUUUAAGGCCACUCAGUACAGCAUCCCCACCUACUGUGAAUUCUGUUCUUCUCUGAUAUGGAUCAUGGACAGGGCCUCCGUCUGUAAAUUGUGUAAGUAUGCUUGCCACAGAAAAUGCUGUCUGAAAACCACGACCAAGUGCUCCAAAAAGUAUGACCCUGAGCUUUCCUCGCGGCAAUUUGGGGUCGAGCUCUCCCGUCUGACCAGUGAAGAGCGAACGGUGCCAUUGGUAUUUGAGAAGCUCACCAGCUAUAUAGAAAUGCAUGCGUUGUACACAGAGGGCAUUUACCGGAAAUCUGGAUCAACCAAUAAAAUCAAAGAGCUGCGGCAAGGACUUGACACAGAUAUUGAGAGUGUGAGUCUGGAUGACUACAAUAUUCAUGUGAUUGCCAGUGUGUUCAAACAGUGGCUGCGGGAUUUGCCUAAUCCUCUCAUGACAUUUGAACUCUAUGAAGAAUUUCUGCGAGCUAUGGGCUUGCAAGAGAGGAAGGAGGCCAUCCGUGGGGUGUACUCUGUCAUCGAUCAGCUUUCUCGCACACAUCUCAAUACCUUGGAACGACUGAUCUUUCACCUUGUCAGGAUUGCCCUGCAAGAGGAGACCAACCGCAUGUCAGCUAAUGCCUUGGCCAUUGUGUUUGCCCCCUGUAUUCUCCGUUGUCCAGACACCACGGAUCCUCUGCAGAGUGCUCAGGAUGUCAGUAAAACUAUCAGCUGUGUGGAGUUGAUUGUUGUGGAGCAGAUGAAUAAAUAUCGGGCUCGCCUCAAGGACAUCAGCAGCCUCGAGUUUGCAGAGAACAAAGCCAAGAGCCGACUGUCACUGAUCCGCAGGUCUAUGAAACCCGUACUAAUUGCCGUUAGAUUUAUGAGCAUAACCCGCAGCUCAAUCCCGGGUAAAGGUCGCCUACGCCGAGGAACCUACCCAAGCCCUACAUCACCGGCUGCAGUCCGACUGCCUUCUGUGUCAGAUGUUCCUGAAGAGGCACUGAGCAGUGAAGAGACCAUGGAGAUGGAUGCCACAGAACAGCAGCAAGUUGCCAUGCAGCAAGAGGAGAGGGUGCUGACUGAGCAGAUUGAGAGCCUGCAGAAAGAGAAGGAAGAGUUAACUUUUGAGAUGCUGGCACUGGAGCCACGAGCCUCUGAUGAUGAGACUCUAGAGUCAGAGGCCUCCAUUGGCACUGCAGACAGCUCUGAAAACCUGAAUGUUGAUUCUGAAGGCGCCAUCUCGGACAAAACAGAGAGAAGUUUGACGCCUGCCUCAGUGAGAUCCAUCAAAGCAGAGCCCACCACCACCAAAUCCCGAAGGUAUCUGAGGAAGCAGCAGGAGUCUAUAGACUCGAUGGACACCUCUGUUUCUUCUCCAUCCCUGUCUCCCUCCUCCUCCUCCUCCUGCUUACCUCACGUCACUAGGAAACGAUUUCAGAUAUACUCGAAAUCGCCUUUCUACCGGGCAGUUCCCUCUGGGGGUGCCACAGCACUCGAGAGAUCACCAGGGCAUGUGAAGGGUCUGGAUGACAGGCCACAGUUCACCACCAGAGGGACUUUCAAUCCCGAGAAGGGCAAGCAGAAACUGAAGAAUGUGAAAAAUUCUCCCCCCAAAGCCAAAGAGCUCCCAGAGGGGGCUGCUGGGACAGGCCGGAAGAGACACCCUGAUUCUGCUGAUUUCAAUAGUCCACAGCAGCUGGUGCUUCUUGGAAAUAAUGAGUUCAUGGUGUGAGCUGGUCAGUGACAGCCAAGGGGACAGCAUCUCAUCCUCGCCAUUUUCCUUGCACAUCAGUACCACCUGCAGCCACCGCCUCCAUUGUAGAACUGCUGCCAGUCACCCAAGUCAGCUUAUCCCCUUUCAUCGAUCGGGAUUCCCAUGUUGCAUUGCCGGUGCCGAAGAGAGGAGGCAGUCGCUUGACGAAAACCAGUGGAGGAAGGUUCAGCUGUGGCCUUAGUUGUCUUUCACUUUUUGGAGCUCAGAACUUGCUUGGCACGCCAGACGGGGAAUUUGUAGUGAGACUAGUGAAGCUGGUGAGCCAUUCUUACACUUACCCUAGCUCCAUCUUUGUGGAAAAGGGACCGUGUGAGCCGGUGGGACAGUUGGAUUUCAGGGAGCUGCUCUUGACCCUGAUUGUCAAAGCUGCUGACUUUGGGGUUGAGUUUUUGCACUGGGAUUAUAAGCAUGAACCUUCUUAGAAGGAACUACAGCAAAGAGGAGGCUGAGCCCUUUGUUCAGAACUAUUUAUAAUGCACUCCAUGGUGUUGUCAAAUGCUAGAAAUGUGCUCAUUCCCAUUCAAGCACUUCUCAGACAACCCCCAGGACCAUUCCUGUGGUGGAAAAGAGAUUGGUCUGGGAUUUUAUUCCGUUGUUGACAAUGUCAGAAUAACCAAUGCCAGUUUGAUUCCAGGUAGGUCAAAGCCAAAUAUCUGUGCUAAAUUUUCAGUAGCCAUAACCAUGACAAGUGUCCUGUGGUCAAGACACAGGAUAGGAUUCCCAAAAGAAAAAGAAAAAUAGGAAUAGCACCCUUUGUCUUUCUGACUUCAUCCCAGACGCUCUGUGCUACUAGCGGAGCAAAAAACUCCACAGCAGGCCGUGACAGGCAAGAAAAGGUCACACUCUCUCAAACUGUUUUACUCAUGCAACAUAUGUGGAGAAGCAGUCAGAGAGGCCACGGUCCAAAUCAGUUUUAUUUAAAAUGUGAUUUGAUAUCACUUUUCUCACUCUGAACGUCAGUAUUAAACAAAGACAUAAAGAAAUCAGAGACUACUUGAAGCUCUUUGUUAGUAUUAUGGUUACUGAAGUUCAAUGUAAAUAAAACUUUUUAUGGGUUUUUUUUUAAACUUUUUUUCCACAAUGUGGGACGUUUAAGCCAGGAAGGUAAAGGGAGGGAAGGGAAGGAAUAUUAGAACUAGAUCUGAGGUCUUUGCAAUACAGAACAACAAAACAUCAUUUUUCAUUCUGGUAUCUCAUCAGGUAAUUCUGCUAAGACCUGGAGUUUGAUCAUCCAGGAGUUCAUCAUUGUGAUUGCAUUGCUGUGAAUGUGGGAAGGGCUCCUCCUUUUAAUUUGGACAGUAGGGCAUAUGUCUAGAAAAGAUUGUCUUUCUAGAAGAACCCUUUUUCAGAGCCUCUGAUUGCACCAUUGUCUUGUUACAACUGCAUGGCCAAGGAGUUUGAGUGGGAUGAAGGGGCUGUUCAUCUAGCUAUCUUUUUGUGCCACCCACACACAAUGCAGCUGCAUUUUUUUAAAAAUACCCCUUUUGAAAUGUAAGAUGAGCACUCUUAUCAGGGCACUUUGAUGUCCUAUGCAACCAAUUUGCACCUUUAGUUCGAUUAACAAGCAGCAGAUCCUGACCUAUGUCUGUUUUGCAGUCUGUGGGGGAUGAUUGAAAAGAAGUGGCAGUUUAGUGGUUCAACAACUGCUCAAAAUAUGCUUUGAGGUCCUUUAAAUUCCAGAGGAGACUGGAAAGGCUUGCCCACUGCCACUGAUGGCAUGAAAGUUGCAACUGGAACCUAGUUUUCAAUGCUCUGGUACUGUCUAGGGUCAGAUCUUAGUGCACUCAGCCAUGGUUGGACUGCUUUUGUAAGUCAAGAAAAUCUGUAAUAAAGUUGAGUUCAAUCAGUAGCAUCUCCAUUAUCCAGAAUGGGAAGCAUUGCUCUCAAGCGGCCUUAUUAUAGAAUUCAAGCUGUCCCUUGAAUUAUUUUGGAUGGUGCUUGCUGUAUUAAGUCUAUAAACAUUUUCUAGCUGCUGAUGGAGGAAUCCCAACUUUGUCCUUCCUGCUUCAAGUCAGAUUGUCCCUCAGGAGAUUGCUUGGUUCCGGAGCCCUGCCAAUAUGGUUUCGCAAGGAUCAAUCACCUUGGGGUCUUUCUCUGCUCAGGAGUGAAUACUUCUUAGGCAUCUCUACAGCUGGAAUUCUCAUCACUGUCGGGGUGAUUUUCCAGCUUGCUCUUUUUAAAAAAAAUGCUUCUAAGCACCUUGCCUUUCUUAUCCGAUCAAAUCCUGCUGCAUUAAUUUCUGUUAACAGGUCAGAAAGUGGCUCUUGGGACCAUCCCAUUCACCAAACAUGCUUGUACGAACCUAAGCAGGGUCUGGUUUGUGUCUCAAGAAAUAUCUCACUUCCACCCGGAGUCUUGGCCAGUGAGGGGAUAUACUCAGUAUCUUUGAAAGCUCCCCACAGUUCCAGCAGGCUUUUUCAUGGGCUCAGGUCCAUGAUUUGUUACAGUUCUGACAAGCUCUGAUAAAGGGGAAAGGAACUCUCCCUAGUAGGGGUUAGUGAGCAGCAAGAUCAUGGAUCUAGUCCAAACCGCCAAGACCCACUUUUCUUGGAGCUGGAAAUGCCAGCCUCCUCUGCAGUCCAAACAAGUUGAAGCCUAAGCUAUACUCUCCUCCCCUCCACCCUUAUCCCCAAACCUCAUGAUACAGUCAGCACAUUUCACAUGCACUCACUAGCUGCUCAUUUCUGUUUCAGCCAUCCUUGCAAGUGCACAAAGAUGCUAUCUUUGGAAACUUGUCUCCUCCUGAGCCUGAUUUCCAUCCUCUGAAAAGAAUCCUCAGCCAGUUUCUGCGCUGGAAAGUGCUGGGCUUUGCAUACACUCCAAGGGUCUGGUUCCCUUUUCUUCCAAUGCAAGGCCAGCAGUGGCGUGGGGGGAGACAGUAGUAUCUUUUGGUUUCAGUUGUUGAGCUAUUUUGAAGACGGACAACAGGAAGAAGAGUCUCUAGCUCCAUUUCCCGUCCACGUUUCUGCCUGAUGCCUGUCUUCCAGACCCCAGUGUCUCUCUCUCUCUCCUUCCUUCCUUCUCUCCUUCCCUGUCCUGCCCCUGUACAGCCUUUAAGCAAAUGAGAUCUUGAAUUUAUUCCACUCAUGGUAUUAAGUGAAUGUACUCACCACUAGGAAGGACAUUGGCUGCAUAUAGUUAUUUUUAAUGGAAAUUUUUAAAGUAAUUUAUAAGUAUACUGAGUGUAAAUUUUAAAAGCAGACUAUGUAUUGUAAAAGGAUAUAUUGUCCUGUGUCAUUCUCUAUAAAUUUUACCUGUUAAAGAGGAAUUCUAUCAAGGAAAAAAUGCUUUAUUUUGCUCACUGAGCCGGGCUGGCGUGAGGUUACGCCAUCGGCUGACACGCUGUAAUUUUCAUGUCUGGAACGUUCUCUUUAAUUUUUUUUAUUGUCCGGUUUUAUUUUUACCUUUUCUGGAACAAGGCCGUCAUAUUUAAAGUGCAAUUUGUGUAAUAUUUCGUAAAUAUAAUACUAUAUGGCUGUACAAAGACAACUUUAUGAACAAAUAACCCCUAGCUUAUUAAAGAACAAAGCAUUGAAAAGUAAA